UUUUCCCUUCGCUACGAAUAGGACAGCUUACCUUAGUAACGGCCAAAAUGUAUGGAUCAUUUGAAGGUUCUAGCACCCUUCCUACAAACACCAGUGCAGCAGCCCUCAACUCUGCUACAAAUGGGACUAAUAUAUUUUUCCAGGGUUUGCAGCUGUUGCAGCGACUAAAAUUGCUGAUCAUCCUGUUGUACACAGGUGUGGUCAUUAUUGGGAUGGUAGGCAACUGCCUCCUGGUCCAUGUCAUUUUGCAUGUCAAGAAGAUGCACAACGUCACCAACUUCCUCAUUGGGAACCUAGCCCUUUCUGAUGUGGCCAUGUGCACAACAUGCGUCCCACUUACUCUUGCCUAUGUGUUUGAGCCAAGGGGCUGGAUUUUUGGCAGCACAAUGUGCUAUUUUGUCUACUUCAUGCAGCCGGUGACUGUUUAUGUCUCCAUCUUCACCUUGGUCACCAUUGCAAUUGACCGGUACAUUGUCAUUAUACACCCUCUGCGACGCCGCGUCUCCCUUCAGCUUAGUGCUUAUAUGAUCCUCUUUAUCUGGAUUUUGUCCUGUUGCUUAGCCUUGCCAGCUAUGGCACAUACCUAUUAUGUGGAGCUGGAUAAGCAAGGCGUCAUCCUGUGUGAGGAGUUCUGGGGGGAGCAAGAGCACCAAAGACAAACCUAUGCUUUGUGCCUGCUCCUCAUCACUUAUUUUUUCCCUUUGCUGGCCAUCCUAAUUUCCUACAUCAAGAUCUCCAUCAAACUGAAAAACAGGGUGAUGCCAGGGAGUGUCACUAAAAACCAGGCAGACUGGGACAGAGCCAGGAGGAAGAGGACCUUCUGCUUGCUGGUCAUGGUAGUUGUGGUCUUCGGAGUUUGCUGGCUUCCCCUUCACGCCUUCAACUUCAUCCGAGACAUUAACAUCAACGCAAUUGAUGCGUAUUAUUUCAGCCUUAUCCAACUAGUUUGCCAUUGGUUUGCUAUGAGUUCUGCUUGUUAUAACCCCUUUAUAUAUGCCUGGCUUCACGAUAGCUUUAGGGAAGAACUUAAAAAAUUACUUGUCUGGCCCAGGAGAGUAGUUCCCUCUGGGCAAAGUGCAACUGUAAGUGUUGUUAUCUGAUCAAUAAAUGCCCCUGGUCUCAUGGCUGUCAAGAGUUUAAUGGUUCUGUGUUGAAAACAACAGUAUUUUUGUGUAGAUACUAAAAGCAAAGCAAAGCAAAACAAAUGUCAGGCACUGUAAAGCAAACACACAAACACACAGGCACAAAGAAUCAGGACUAUUCACAAAGGUUGCGGCACAAAUGAUUUAUUGAACCCUCUGCACAAGAACCUGGUUAACUAAUGGUCAGCCA